UUUUCUAUUACAAAAUAGACCCGGUUAGGUCUGCUUCUAGUCUGGUCUCCCAUCCCCUCAAUUUGAAUUGAAACAGGGAUCUAGAAUCCCGCUCGCCCACUCGCCCCUCUCAUUUUAAACAGCAGGAACCCUAUCUUUCUUAUUCUUCCCUUCUCCAAUCAUCCGUUUCUUUCUCCAAUCACUUCCCAGAAAAAAGGCGAGAGAGCAGAGAGAAGAAGAUACUUGUACAGGUAAAAUAAUGGCGACCAAUAUCGGGAUGAUGGACUCUGCAUACUUCGUUGGUAGAUCAGAGAUCCUUGCCUGGAUUAACUCCACCCUCCAACUCAAUCUUUCAAAAGUUGAAGAGGCUGCCUCUGGUGCGAUUCAGUGUCAACUAAUGGACGCCGUCCAUCCAGGGAUUGUGCCGAUGCACAAGGUCAACUUCGACGCCAAGACCGAGUACGAGAUGAUCCAGAAUUACAAGGUCCUUCAGGAUGUUUUCAAUAAACUUAAGAUUACAAAGCACAUUGAGGUUAACAAGCUUGUGAAAGGAAGGCCUCUUGAUAAUCUGGAGUUCAUGCAGUGGAUGAAGAGAUACUGUGAUUCUGUCAAUGGUGGACUCUUGAACAAUUACAACGCUUUAGAAAGAAGGGAAGCUUGUAAAGGAGGAAAAGAUGCAAGCAAGAGAACUGCACCCAUGCAAGCUUCUACCAAGACAUCAACUGCUGCUCCCAAAACUCAGUCCUCUCACAACACAAGAAGGAAUGACCAAUCUUCUGUCCACUCAACAAAUCAACCAGUCAAGACCGGUAGACCUGUUUCUAGUGGGGGGCCAGAUUAUGAUAAACAGAUCACUGAGCUGAAGCUGUCAGUAGAUAGUCUGGAGAAGGAAAGAGACUUCUACUUUGAAAAGUUGAGGGAUAUUGAGAUGUUGUGUCAGUGUCCUGAGAUUGAGCACUUACCUAUUGUUGGUGCAAUACAGAGGAUACUAUAUGCCACUGUUGACAGUGCCUCAGUGGUGGCAGAAGCUCAAGCCAUGAUAGCCCAGCAGCAGAAACGACCAGAGCCCUUGAGUCCCAUUCAUGAGGGAGCAGAGGACAUGCCCAAGAUUGAAAGUCAGAAGAGAAAAAACAUAUUGACUCUUGAGGUUGAUGCAGUUGCCAAUUCAACAUUGUCUCCAAGGCAAAGGAUAUCUGAUGCCUCUGAUGUUCAUUGUAGUGGUUCUCCACUUGUGAGUUGCUGAUAGUUCUUGCUGUCUGGAGGAUUUUGAUUCUUUCAGGAGUACCUAACUACCAAUUAGAUGUUACUUUGUUGGAGGCUCAGUGAUAAAUUGUUGAUAGAAUAUUUUGGGAUGACCCGAUCGGUUGCCUAGUCAUAUACAAUUGAAAAGGAUUGCUGUUGCAGCAAUUUAUUACUUUUAGUUGACAGCCUUGGAAGAAAUGGGUUUCUUUGAACAUCAACUUGUUGAUCAUAGGAAUUGCCCCAUCUGCAAACAGUUGAAAUUCCUUAUUAGUAACUUGAUCGGUUUUCUUUAUAUCUCAAGUCUUGAAUCUUUCAUUUUUCACCACUAUUAAAUGCACUUUUAUUCUCCUGUUGGAAGUUGGAACAUGUUCGAUA